GGUUAGGUGCCGUGAUAGUGAAUAUCAAUCACUCAAUGUCAAGAUCAGUGUGACUCUAUGGCUGUCAACUUCAUCUUCAAGAAAAUGCGUUUAUAUUAUUAGAAUAGGCACGCUGAGUCAGAGACUAACACGGAUACAAGGUGUUGUCACAGUUGGGACUUUCAUUUAUAGAGCGUAUGGGUUAUGCAAUAAUAAGCAAUUUUUCCUUUGAGGUCUAUUGAGGUGAACAACUGAACUCUUUGUAUUAAAGUAUGUAGUGUUGGCAAUAAUGAAUCAAGUGUGAAUCGGGCAAAACUCAGGACCAUAUUCAGAACUGCUUAUACCAAACAAAGUCAAAAACUGUAAACAGUUUGUUUUAUUGCUACCUGACUUGAAAUAUGAAAAGCGAUGUUACGAAGUAUGGAUCUGUGGUGUACAAAAUACCAUAGGAAAAUAUGACUAAAUACAGCUUAAGGUUAAUAGACGUCAGGUUUCCGAAACUAUCUGAAUGGGCCACUCCGGUACUGCUGCCACCGGGAAAAGAGGAGCUAAAAGGGCUACUGCUAGCCUGUUUGGGAACUGCAAUAUAAAAGAGGACGUUCCAAAGGGCAAAUUUUAUAUGAAAUCUAUGAAUCAUACUCAUGAUAGAUUGGUGGAUGAAACUUCAAUAACAAGUUAUCUGAGGAAUAAGCUUGUCUUGGUAUCAUUUAAGAUAUAUUGGGGAACAUUGCCUGCAUAUUCUUCUCAAUAAGUCAUGCCUUACGCAAAUCAGCCAUCGGUCCACAUCACGGAUCUUACAGACGACAACUGCAAGUUUUACGUAGAAGACACAGACUUGAGUGUAGCAAACAGCAUUCGACGAGUCCUCAUUGCAGAAACUCCAACAUUAGCUAUCGAUUGGGUGAAGCUUGAGGCUAACUCGACUGUGCUUAGUGACGAAUUUUUAGCUCAUCGUAUAGGCUUGAUCCCACUUGUGUCUGAUGAAGUUGUGCAACGUUUGCAGUAUCCAAGGGACUGUGUAUGUCCAGAUUUUUGCCAAGAGUGUAGCGUAGAGUUUACACUAGAUGUGAAAUGCACCGAUGACCAAACAAGACAUGUCACAACUGCUGAUUUGAAAUCAAGUGAUUCUAGGGUCAUUCCAGCCACCUCUAAGCAUCGAGAUGAUGAGUCAUCUGAGUAUGGUGAAACUGAUGAGAUUCUCAUUGUCAAGUUGCGUAAGGGACAAGAACUGAAAGUCAGAGCCUAUGCAAAGAAAGGUUUUGGGAAAGAACAUGCAAAAUGGAAUCCAACAUGUGGUGUAGCCUUUGAAUAUGAUCCAGACAAUGCAAUGAGACAUACAUUGUAUCCUAAACCAGAUGAGUGGCCAAGAAGUGAAUACACUGAGCUGGAUGAUGAUCAGUAUGAGGCCCCUUUCAACUGGGAGUUGAAACCAAACAAAUUUUUCUUCAAUGUUGAAGCAGCAGGUCUCUUGAAGCCAGAAAACAUUGUAAUCAUGGGUGUAGCUAUGUUGAAAGAAAAAUUGUCUAAUUUGCAAACCCAAUUAAGUCAUGAGUUGCAAAAUGAUGCUCUUGCUAUUUAAGUCUCAUUUUUAUAUAAAACUGUAUUUCAAUAAAUUAGGAGAUGUAUAUUGUGCAGUUCUUUUUCUAGCAC